AAAGACUGAGACCCCAUAGAUCAAAAGUUGUUGACAAUGUGGAGUGUAGAAACAGGUCAAAGAAAGAAUGGUGGAAAAGAAAGGGUCCGUGAAUUCGUAGGAUCAUGCACAAGAAAGAAAGAAAGAAAGAAAGAGAAAGAAAGAGAUGCUCAGGCGUCAUCAUGUAUAUUUCCCGGGAGUGUACUGCAUGUGGCACUGUGACUGCACACGUCACUAGGCGAGAUCGCACCUUGGACAGCGACAGCGUCGUCUGUCAAUACAACAGCCGAACGGAAUCUGCCCUCCCCAUCCCUAACUACAGGGCUCCAGAGAGGGUGCAUCCAUAUCAUACAGCGGAGACAGACUAAUGACUGUAGAGAAGAAAAUGAUAAAAGUAUACCAGUGUCUUGCAGUUUUUCAUUCUUGUAGGCUAGUAUUCAUUCCGGAAGUAGGUGCUGCGUUGGUUCACUAUCAAAGUCGACCAUUUCGAGGAGGAAUCAGGCAGCGCGAGCAAGCAGUAGGCUAUCAUCAUCAUCACCAUCUGAGAGGCUAGGCUACAAUAUCAAUGGCAUUAGGCUACUGCUGUAAUUGCCCUCUCGGAUGUGUAGACAUCUCCAUCGGUCUGUAGUUAGAAGAUUGCAGCAACUGUUGUUUUGAAUUCUGGUCUGUUAUUCUCACAUUUCGGUGCACCAUAUUUUCAACGCAAAGAUUGAAGACACCGAAGAGAAAUGCUGAUGGCUAUCGAAUGAAGGUGGGAUGUAUCGCUGUUUUGAGUGGAUAUAUUUACAGAUAUAUUUAACAUGCAAAUUCACUGGAUUGUAAAUUGGAUCCACUCUGUGUGGACGUCGGGUGGAAUGAGGUGGACCAUUCUUGAUGGAUCAGUCCAAAACAUUACAGAGGUGGAAUAGAAUAGAAAAAUCAUGAUCUGACGGUUGGGAUGCUACUAAAGAUCAUUAAAAAGACAAUAUAAUCACACGUCUAUAUCGAACUUUCAUUAUAUCGUCUGUCCGCACCCUUUUGGAUUAUGCUUCUUGACAACAGUCCCAGAUACGACUGUGGGGUUGGAAAUGGAAUGUUGUUGUUUUUCUACACCUCGUUCUAUUUUAUGUCCCUCCGUUGUUCACUCUUCCACUAGUCCACACUGGCAUGUCUUCUGCUUUGUGUAGCAAACAUAUAUUUUUGCUGCAAACCCCUAAUGCAAGGUAUUUGAUGAUGUGUAGAAUUUAGAUCGAUCGUGCAGGCAAUGGACGAUAUAGGCCUAUCACGUAUUUGUGGUUGUAGGGGUGGAGGAAGAAUCUAGCUUGACAGCAUUCGCAGAGUUGUUUCGUAAUGAAUAUUGAGAGAGUGUAUCGAGCUUCUCAAGAGGGAAAUCUCACAUCUGCAUUGUCUUAGACACACAUGCCAUCAGAGACAACAACCAAGACGUGGUCCUUUAUUGCUUACCAUUUGACAGAACAUUUACAGUAGGGUGAGCCUACAAGUUUUGUAAGCUCAUCAGUGAUGCUAUUCAGAAAAUGUUUAGCUAAAAUCCCCUAAAUAAUAGCAUAGGCAGCACAAUAAUUGGCUAAAGAUAAUAGGCGUAUAAUAAUAAUAACCCUUCUAAAUCAAAAGCAUAUUUUCUUUUUUCUUGAGACCACCUUAUUUUCAAAUUGGUUUCAUUCCCUUCUGAAUAAUUCAUGUAGCCAAACAUGUUCAAAUAUAGGAUCCGCAUGUUUUUCAACGAACUGAAAGUACUGGUUUUUAUGCGAGACGAUUCGAGACAGCCUGAACGGCCGGAAGCAGAGAGACGGUCCAGCAUGCGGGGUCUUGGGAUGGGCGGCUGCGGCUGGCCUCCCUUUGUGGACUGCUCCUCCCGGGAUGACGAGGAGGAGUAUUACGGAACGGAUCCUCGGCCUCGGAGCCUGGGCUUUGAGGAGAAGGACCCCAAACUGCAAGUGGGCCUGGAUGCCGUGUCGCUCACCAGCACUGCAAGCAGCCUGCGCUGUCGUAUCUGCUUUCAGGGUCCGGAGCAGGGAGAGCUGCUGAGCCCAUGUCGCUGUAAGGGUUCUGUGCGCUGCACCCACCAGCCCUGCCUCAUCCGCUGGAUCAGCGAGAGAGGCUCCUGGAGCUGUGAGCUUUGCUACUUCAAGUACCAUGUCCUGGCCAUCAGCACGAAGAACCCACUGCAGUGGCAGGCCAUCUCCCUGACGGUGAUCGAGAAGGUCCAGAUCGCUGCCAUCAUCCUGGGCUCCCUGUUUCUCAUCGCCAGCAUCUCCUGGCUCGUCUGGUCGUCCCUCAGCCCCUCGGCCAAGUGGCAACGCCAGGACCUGCUCUUCCAGAUCUGCUACGGCAUGUACGGCUUCAUGGACAUCGUGUGCAUCGGGCUUAUAAUCCACGAGGGCUCAUCAGUAUACCGAAUAUUCAAGCGAUGGCAGGCUGUCAAUCAACAAUGGAAAGUAUUGAACUAUAUAAAAGCCAAUGACUUGGGGGACCCGUUGAGUAGCAGUAAGGGUGGGGGUCGGGGCUCACGGAGUAACCCCCAUGGCUUGGGUAGUGGCGGCAGCAGGAGACAGACCCGGAGGUUCAGGACUAUUCUGGACCACCACUGUGGCUACACCAUCCUUCAUAUUCUGAGCCAGCUACGGCCACACAACCCACGUAUCGGCUCCUCGGCCAACCGGGAGGUGGUGAUGAGGGUGACAACAGUAUGAAAUUGAGCGUGGAAGGGGUGGAUUGAAGGAAUAAAGCAGGAUAUUGAUUUUUUUCUGGGGGGGUUCUGGUCGGUUCUUUCAAGAUUCUGUCAACUCCAUUGAGGAACUCGAUUUCAGUACCCAGCCCAAGGAAGGAUACGUACAGACAAGACAAUGUCUGGACCUGCAGCCAAGGUACUAUGAUAUUGUAACAACCCUUGCCUUGGUAGGCUCAUUACGAUCCCUCCCAAGUGGGUUAAUCCUACUGGAGUAGUUGUUACGAGUUUGUCUAUAGGCUGGGAGACCCGGGUUCGAGACAAUGUGUUGGAUGUUUGGAAACGUCCUGAAACAGCAACAGACCACACAUAUGAGGAUCUUUACAGGAGUUUGUUAAAAAAGCGAUGCACAUGAUUUGUAAUAAUUGAAGAAUGGUUAUUAUAAACUAUGUAAAACAUGCAAACUAUCCAACAUGCUUUAUAACAACCCAAUCCAAGGAUAUUUUUCUGUCCAAUUUCAGGAUGCACAAAGAAAUACAUGUUUUUUCUUUCUUUCUCCUGUGUUUUUUUGGUAUGGUUUAUUUUUUUGCCAUUUAGAUUUUUAUACAGGGAGUACGAUUUAAGGAGAUACCUGAAACUCCUUAUGGCACGCCAAGCAUUUUCAAACAACUCUAAAUAAUAAUAAUAAUAAUAAUAAUAGUUCUGAAAUAUUUCUGUAGCUAAUGAUGAUUAGGCUACAGACUGGAGAACAAAGAAUACAUCAUAUUACGUCAUACAUCAAAGCCAUCAUAUGAAAACUGACCUUAUUACUGCAAACAAUACAGGGAUCAAGGAAUAGUCUACAAAAGGAAAAGAAUGCAUUUAUUAAGAUUCAAAUGACUCCUAGUCCUAUCUUCUCUGCAAUAAAGACAUCUGUACAUUUCACAGUGAAUUUUGCAUGGGUAUAUCAUUUUUUUUAUGCCACAUAAUUAUCACAUAACAUUUAAGCACUUCUACAAAUUUGCUCUAUUCAGAAAGGUGCUUGUCAGAAGAAACACUUUUUAUUCAGCUGGUUUUAUUGCACCAAACCGUUUUUUAAAAAUCUGACUGAUGGCAGUGUUAUUUCAGCUAUAACAGAGAUGACCGACUUCCUGCUGUGUGCUGAUGAUUCAGAUUUGAUAACAAGCAAACAAACCAUUGGAUUAAAGAUGGAGAUCUGAGGAUCCCUUAUUAUUCACUGUC